AUGAAUCACAAACGACAUUUCAGUUAUUGCCUCGUUGCAUGCGGUGUGGUGAUGUACAUAGGAAUGAAUUUCGGUCCAGAACACUUGCAAACGUCGAUGUUGAAGUACAUUAUUCGAAAAAAUAUAACCUUUCUGAGAUCAUUACCUUCAUUAAAAGUAAAUAAUCCAAAGCCACCUUUAUUUCAAGCUACACAGAGUAGUAUGGACAAAGAUGAAAAUAUCUUGACAAGGGUUUUCAUGACAACGACAUUCCCUUCUAUAGUUAAGACAGAACCAACAACUUCAAAACCUGUGGCGUCAACGCCAGUCACUCACAUUACAAAUAUACCAAAAAAUGCAACGUCAUCUAGUAAACGCAAUGUCAUGCCAACAGAAAACCCUCCUACAAACAUUUCUCCUUUAAGAUUUGCCAACUACAGCUUAUGCACUAACUUUAUUGGAGGCCUUGGCAACCAAAUGUUCAUGUUCGCCGCAAUAUUCGGAUUAGCUGCCAGAAAAGGAAUGUCUGUAACAGUUGGGAAAACGGAUUAUUUAACAAAAGUUUUCAAACUUGACAUCAAUCUGAAAGACAAUAAUAAAGCUCUUUGUAAAACAUACGUGGGUAGAGGAGAACGACUAAAUUGUGGAUAUGAUGAGAAAAUGGCUUCCUUUCCACCAAAUAAUAAUUACAGGUUAGGAACAUAUCUUCAGUCAUGGAAGUACUUUUAUAACGCUUCCAGUGCUCUCCGGAAACAGUUCGUAUUUCAGGAUGAUAUUGUUGAAAGUAAGAAUAAAGUGAUAGAUUCAAUAUUAAAAAGACAUAAUUUCACGUCGCGUUCAAACGUGACUUUUAUAGGUAUUCAUGUGAGGAGAGGAGAUUUCGUAAAUCACAGAUUUGGUUAUAUGGUUGCUAGUGAAGAUUACCUUACAAAAGCAAUUGACUAUUUUCGAUCAAAAGAAUUCAAAAAUCCAGUGUUUCUUACCUGUUCCAAUGACAUGAAGUGGACACAGGCACAUAUACCGAAAGGUGUCCGUUUGGAAUACAUAAAGGGCAAUUCCGCUGCAGUAGACUUGGCUAUUCUUGGUUCAUGUGAUCACAUGAUCAGCACUGUCGGUACGUUUAGCUGGUGGGCAGCUUGGCUGACCGGUGGGGAAGUCACUUUCUACCAGUGGCCGGCUAAAGAAGGAUCUGGGCUACGGAAACAGUUCAGUAAAGAUUACAGAGACUAUUUCCACCCGGGAUGGAUAGGAUUUUCAUAA